GAGGAGCGCGCGCCGGGAAAGGCAGAGAGUGUGUUUGUUGCGGGCGGUGGAAAGCGCGUCCUCGUGGCAUCGAGUGCGGCCGGCGAGCGGGGGCGCGCGCGGGGGAGAGGGUCGGUGCGCGUGUCCGUGAGGAGGAGGAGUCGGUUCUCGGCGGCGGCGGCGAUGCUGAAGAUGGCGGAGGAUCCAUUGCAAACUGUCGGAGCAGACUCUCAGCCAGCUGAGAAACGGAAGCGUACAGUGGAGGACUUCAAUCAGUUCUGUAACUUUGUUCUGGCGUACACUGGCUACAUUCCGCCCUGCAGAGAGGAGUGUGACUGGACGCCAUCAAGUUCAAAUUCCCCAGUGCCGACAGAGAGUGUUUUGGACAGUGACAGCUGGGACUCCACCCAGUCUGUUGACUUUGACACCAUCCAGAAUUUUGUGAAGAAGGCGAGCAGCUCCAGGAGGAAUGGGUUCCAUCCCCUGAGACCGGACGGGGUGCUCCUGGACAGGCUGAAGCUCAAGGAUUCCUUGUACCCAGCCCCGGAGGAAAAGAAGGAGAAGAGGAGCAAGCACUGGCCCUCUGAGGCGGAGCAGCUGAGGCCCCUGGAUGGCGAGAAGUCCACCUUCUCCCGGAUCAAGAGGAGGAAGAAACGCAAGCUGAAGAAAGAGAGAGCGGAGAAGAAAGUCAAGGCCUCGCUGAGUGAGACCGACUCGGACGAAGAGCUGGUGAAAGGGAACUUUCUCCCCGAGCCUCUGAGGCCAGAUCCGGAGGGUGUUUAUAGUGAGAGUUAUCAAAUGGAAAUCAAAGACUCGCUCAGUGUGGGAAACAGCCGAGACGGGGGCAGCAGCUCCAGUGAAGGCGAGACACGCAUCAUGGACGAAGACAUCAUGGUGGAAUCAGAUGAUGACUCUUGGAGCCUGGUGACCUGUUACUGCCAGAAGCCGUUUGCGGGCAGGCCGAUGAUUGAGUGUAACCAGUGCAACACCUGGAUCCACCUGUCCUGUGCUAAAAUCCGCAAGUCUAAAGUCCCUGACGUCUUUUUCUGCGAGAGAUGCCGAGAUGGGAAGAAGUCAAACUCAAGCCGGAAAAAAGUUCCCUGAAGCUAAAGGUUCUGUCAGUGACUUGCCUGGAUGAGGCAUAUAUAAACAAAACCGAGGAAUGGGAACACACAUGAAGGAAGCUGCAAGCUCAUUGUAAGAAACCUUGGGUAUCGGGGAUCAGGGCUGGGAGGGGGGCAGCGGGAAAUGAAACCAUCAGUAAAUAAUGUGAGGAACUCUUCACAUUGUGAGGUACUGGCCAAAGGGGACUGUGUCUUUAGGGUGGCUCUCAAACCAGCUCAGGCGGUCUCUGCUGUCUUCCACCUCUGGCGGAGUGGGGUCUGGAAGAUCCCCCCUCGCUGGGUUACAGGUUGGAGAAAUGACCCUUACUCCCCAGCAGCUCCGAUCCGCCCGCAACUCGCAAACCAGAAGUAAAGCUGUCUCGAUGUUUGAGAGGAGAGACUGUGUGGGUCUGCUGGUGCCUAGCACCCCAGUUUGGAGAUGGACGGGAUUGAGGUGGCUUGCUGGGGCGCGAGAGAGAGUAUUCUCCUGAACUGUGGUGGAGGGCCACGUGAACAUGGAGCCUGGCAGAUCUGAAACCCCAGCAGCAGCCACCAUGUGAUGACAGGACUCAAAUAAACCAUUUCCUGUAUUUGUGGACGUUUCGCUUCACUGUUCAGUUUGUCUUUUCUUUUUAAAUACCUGUUUUAAAGAGGACCCUUGGGGAAUGGUGUGCUGGUACUGUCGGCAAGGUCCAGCACUCACUGUCUUCUCUGAAGAUUCGGGGCUUGAUCCUCCUGCGAUCCUAGGCCAUGGCACUGUUUGUUUCCUCGCUCCGUGGUUUCCCCGAGGACAGUGACAGGGAACGUUUGUGUUUGACUCCUUCCUGAGACACCGGAAUGUCUCCAGGAACCAAGUGCAAGACUGUCCAGUCAGAAGUUAGGUGUUUCUUUUAGCUGGGGAGGUGUUGGGGGAGAGGGGUGUUUGGAAAUGUAGCCAUUUCUCUGCUUGGCCAUUCAGGCAUUGCAAAGUGUUACCAAUUCCCUCCUUGGUUUUAAAUCAUAAAACUGAGCACUGGCGGCUGAGUUCCCCCCCUGCCUCCCGGCCAGAUGUUUAGGAUUGAGGUGGGUGGCUGACUCCUGAGGCUGUGCCUUGCUAUGUUUGAGGACCAGUGCUCAGAAUGGCUCUGCACUGACCCCCUGCUCGAAACCACCCGGAUGGGUUCAGGAAAGGGUCAGCUCUGGUCAAACAGCCCUCCUGCCACACGUUAACCCCAGCUCCCGAUGCGGUCAUCAUGGGCGGUGAGCACCUGACCAGGCCAGCUUGUCGAUAACAUCCCUUUGUUAAAUGUUCAGCCCAGUGGAGCACUUCUGUUGAAUGCACCUCCAUCUCAGCUGUGCGCUAAGAGGAGUUUAAAGGUCAGAGGGGAUCGACUGUCCCUGUCCGAUGUGUAGCUGUGCUGUAAGGAUGGCCAGAUAAUGGGGCAGGAACGACAAACAGGCAUGAAGCAGAUCAGUUUGAAUGUUAUACUCAGGACUCGAUGUUUUGGAAAGUAAUCUGAAACAAUAACUAUUGAAAUUGUAGUGAUGCACAUCUUGUAAAUAUUUAAACCUUUUGCCUGUGCAGAACAAGGGGAGACUCCCAGCAGUGUAGAUACUCCGUGGCUUCUAUAUGACUGCACUGUCACAGCUUUACCUAGGCGUGAGAGAGAGAGAGAGAGAGUGUGUGUGUCUGCGUGGGGUGGGGGGAAGGUUGUCUUAUCAAGCUGCCUGCCUUUUUAUUGCUGUCUUGAUGACUGAAUGUAGCAUUGAGUUUUGGACCACUUCCUGGAGCAUGAGGCAGUGUGUGGUGCACAGUUGUAAGCCUAACAGGGCACGUUCUGCGGAUGAAGACGAUGUCCACAUGUGGUUGUGUGUCUGUCGAGAGCUGCCGCAGUUGUGUUACCCAAGUGGGAACCUGGGCCACACCAGCACGGCACAUUGCCCUGGUUUCAGUGCUCCCCGCCCAUGCCCUCACCGGUCUCGAUAGUUUGAAUUCAGCUGAGGAUUUCCAGGGCCUGAAUGGUGUCGAGUCCAGAGUUAGUGCCCAAACUUAGACUGAAACCUAUUUUUGCAAAAGUGAAUGUAAAUAAGUGUGUCAGAUAUUCAGAAGUGGGGGUGGGGGCUGCGGGGGAAGCAGAUUUGAACAAACAAUGUUUGAUUUUUUUUUGAAGAAAAUAAAACUGAUUUGGUAA